AUGUUUGAAUACAUACAAAAAUUACAAGAGAAAGAUUUUGAAGAAUUUGCCAAACGAAAAGAAUCUCAACGGAAAUUAGCGAAUGAACUUUUAAAAGCCAAUCAUGAUAUUGAAGAACAACGAGCAUUUCGAAAGCAACAUGAUCGAUUAUCUGAUUUAGCCAUUUUGGAAUUUCAAAAAGCAAAAGCAGCACAGGAGGCAGCACAUGAAGCUGAAAUUGAAAGAAAACGAUCAGAGAAGGAAAAAGAAGUUGCACGAUUGCGUGCGCAACAAGAACGGGCAAGAGAUUUACAAGCGGAUAAAGAUGCUUUAAGAGCACGACGAGAACAGGAACGGAAAGAACGGGAAUGGAGAGAAAAGGAGCGAAUUCUAGCUGUGAAAAAGAAAGACAUGGAAGAAGAUAUGCGUUUAGCAAGAGAUUGGCAAAUUAAAAACAAAGAACAACAUUUAGCUAUUGAAGCUGCGAGAGAACGAGCAGAAUUCGAACGAGUUCUCAAAGCUCAAUUAUCUCAAGCAGAAAAAGAUCGACAAGAACAAGUCGAACGUACGGUCAAACGUGAUAAAUUUGCCAAUGAAUUACGGGAACAGAUCAUUCGACAUGAAAAGCAAAAAGUAGCCGAACGAACUGCAUUUUUCGAAGAAGGUGCUCGACUUGAUGAACAAGCACGUGCAAGAAGAAUUCGUCUCGAUGAAAUUAAAACACAAAAACUGAAUGAUUUACGCCGUGCGGGUGUUCCGGAAAAAUAUUGUGCGGAUAUUGAACGAAAAAUCAAUGCAACAACACAUUUGAAUACUGAUAACAAAACGAAUACAUCAGUCGUUCAUUAA